AAUUGAUUGAUGGUUGUGUUGAAUUUGCUACAAGAAAACUGAGAAGAUAGAGUUUACUUCUUCUAUACUGCUUUUCUUGUCAACCUGUUCUUACUCUUCUCAAAUCUCAAGCAACUUUAAUGGCAACUAUUGUUGCAGAAGCAGUUCUAUCAGCUUUUGUAGAAGUGUUGCUAGAAAAGAUGAUUUCUCAUGAAUUCAUCAACUUCAUUAGAACCAAAAAGCUUAAUGUUUCACUCUUGGAAAACCUCAAAACAACACUCUUGAGUCUUCAAUCAAUACUAAAUGAUGCUGAGGAGAAACAAAUCACAAACCAUGCUGUCAAACAAUGGUUAGAAAAUCUCAGAGAUGUUGUCUUUGAAGCUGAUGAUUUGUUUGACAAAAUCAACACAGAAGCUAUAAGAUGCAAAGUUGAAGCUGAAUAUCAACAAGGUAAAACAGUAUGUAAUAAGGUGAAAAGCAUUUUUUCUUCUAGUUUUUAUGGAGUGAUAAAUUCUGAAAUGCAAACACUUUUUGAAAGAUUGGAACACUUUGCACAAAAGGGACAUGUUCUAGGAUUGAAAGAAAGUGUUUCAUGCAGUGUGUGGCAUAGAACUCCUACAAGUUCUGUUGUAGAUGAAAGUACUAUAUAUGGAAGAGAUUGUGAUAGAAAAAAGCUUAAAGAUUUUUUACUGUCAGAAAAUGCUAGUGAUUGUGGUAAAGAAAUAGGAGUAAUUUCCAUUGUUGGUAUGGGAGGGAUUGGUAAAACAACUCUUGCAAAACUGCUUUACAAUGAUUCAGAAGUUAAGGAGAAGUUUGACUUGAAAGGUUGGGCAUAUAUAUCGAAAGAUUUUGAUAUUGUUCAAGUCACUAAAACGCUUGUCGAAUCUGUUACUUCAAAAACAAUUGAUACCAAUAACAUGAAUACUUCACAUACUGAAUUUGUCACCACGAAAAAUACCGAUACAAAUGAUUUGAAUACUCUACAAGUGCAAUUGCAGCAAAGUUUAAGCCAUAAGAAGUUUUUGAUUGUAUUGGAUGACAUAUGGGAUCGACGCUAUAUUGAUUGGAACAAUCUCAAGGACAUCUUUAAUGCCGGCAAAAUAGGAAGUAAGAUCAUCAUCACAACAAGAGAUGAGAGAGUUGCACUAGCAGUGCAAACCUUUCUUCCGAUUCACUAUUUGACACCUCUAGGGAGUGACGAGUGCUGGUCUUUACUUGCAAAACAUGCAUUUGGAGCAUGUAAUUUUCAGCAACGGUCCAACCUAGAAGUGAUUGGCAAAGAAAUCGCUAAGAAAUGUGAUGGCUUACCACUAGCUGCGGUAGCACUUGGGGGUCUUCUUCGCACUAAAUCGUCAGAGGAUGACUGGAAUGAUGUACUAAAAAGUAAUGUUUGGAGCUUAGAAAAUGUUGAGGUACAACCAGCACUGUUAUUAAGCUAUCAUUAUCUUCCAGCUUUUUUAAAACGAUGCUUUGCUUAUUGUUCGAUUUUUCCAAAGAGCUCCAGGUUGGGAAAAAAGACGAUGGUCGAGUUGUGGAUUGCAGAAGGCUUAGUGCAUCAGUCCAAAAGUCAGAAAAGUUGGGAAAAGGUUGGAGAAGAAUACUUCGAUGAACUGGUGUCAAGGUCACUAAUACAUCGACAACUUGUUGAUGAUGAGGAAGAAAGCUUUGAAAUGCACGACCUCAUCAAUGAUUUAGCUACAAUGGUUUCAUCUCCGUAUUGUAUCAAGUUGGACGAAGAGGAGCUACAUGAAAAGGUACGCCAUUUGUCAUACAAUAGAGGGAAAUAUGACUCGUACAAUAAAUUUGAAAAAUUGUGUGGUUUAAAAGGUUUGCGUACCUUCUUGGCCUUACCAUUGCAACUAUCGACGGGGUCACAGUCACAGUCAGAUUGUUCCUUAUCAGACAAGGUAGUGCACGACCUGUUGCCAAGAAUGAAACAAUUACGUGUUUUGUCUAUGCCAAAAUACAGGCACAUCACUAAAUUGCCCGACUCAAUUGGAAACUUGAUACAUCUACGAUACUUAAAUCUCUCUUACACUGGAAUUGAAAGGUUGCCUUCUACAAUAUGCAAGCUUUACAAUCUACAAACCUUGUUGUUGUUUAAGUGUGGGAAUCUCACCGAAUUGCCUAAGGACAUGGGAAAAUUGGUCAAUCUACGCCACCUUGAUAUUAGAGGCGCUGCAUUGAAAGAGAUGCCUGUACAAAUUUCCAAAUUACAAAAUCUCCAAACACUGUCUAACUUUAUUGUCAGUAAACAACACGAUGGAUUGAAGAUUGCAGAGCUGGGAAAAUUUCCACAUCUAAAAGGGAAUCUUUUCAUCUCAAAGCUACAAAACGUUACCGAGCCAUGUGACGCUUCUUAUGCAAAUUUGAUGACAAAAAAACAAAUUGAUUGGUUGGUACUACAAUGGAAUCCACAAACUAGUCCUACAAUGGAAUCAAAAACUCAAAGUUUUGUUCUUGAACAGUUGCGACCCUCGCCAAAUGUGAAGAAUCUUGGUAUUCAUGGCUAUGGUGGAACCAACUUUCCAAAAUGGUUGGGUGAUUCUUCCUUUGGCAACAUGGUGUCUAUGAGCAUUGGUGCUUGUCAUCAUUGCUCAUUACUUCCUCCCCUUGGAAAAUUACAGUGUCUUAAACAACUCCGCAUUUAUUGGAUGGCGUCUAUAAAGAGUGUUGGUGCUGAAUUCUUUGGAAGUAAUUGUCCUUCAUUUCAACCAUUUCCUUCAUUAGAGACUUUAAAAUUUGAGGAUAUGCCAGAAUGGGAGAUAUGGAAUUUGAUUGGAGGUACAACUAUAGCAUUUCCACGUCUAAAAUGUCUAUUAGUGGAUAGAUGUCCAAAACUCAAAGGAAACAUACCAAGCACACUUCCAUCCUUAACUGAACUUCACUUAUCGGAAUGUGAUCUACUACUGGAGGCAAGGCAAUCAGCUGAUAAUAGCAACAUUAUUUUAAGGCCAUCAGAUGUAUUCAGCCAAUUGAUGUUUCCUUUCAAUUCUCUGCGAAAGUUGACGUUAGAUCGGCUUCCCUCUCUGACGUCCUUCCCAAGUGACGGUCUACCUAAAACCUUGCAAUCUCUAUCUCUCCAUUAUUGUGAGAAUCUGGAAUUCCUCCCUCAUGAAUCCUUGCACAAUUAUACAUCACUUGAGAAAUUGUCAAUUGAAUACAGUUGUAAUUCAAUGACAUCCUUUACAUUAGGCUCUUUACCCGUGCUCCAAAGUCUAUAUAUUAAGGGAUGCGAAAAGCUUGAAUCAAUUUUCAUUGCAAGAGAUGCAUCACAAAGUCUCUCAUUUAUUCAAAGCAUCGAAAUACGGUCUUGUGAUGAACUGGUUUCAUUUUCCCCGGGUGGAUUGUCCACUCCUAACCUCAUUUGUUUCCGCGUGUACGGAUGUAACAAGCUUCAUUCAUUACCGGAAUCAAUGAAUACUCUUGUUAGCCUUCAAGAAUUAAGAGUUUUUAGCCUUCCAAAUCUGCAACAUUUUGCCGAAGAAGGUUUACCUAUCAAUUUAAGAAAACUUUCUGUUGGGGGAAUCAUGUGGAAUAUGGAGUGUAGUUUACAAUGUAUCACUAAUCUUUCUGUGUUGGAAAUUGGAGGUUGUGAAAUUCUGAAUAAGCUGAUGAGAAUGAAAGUGUCAUUGCUACCCUCUUCUCUCAUGUCAUUACACAUCUAUCAACUUGAUGAUAUCGAAUGCUUGGAUGGAAAAUGGCUCCACCAUCUUACCUCUCUCCAAAACCUUGAGAUUUCGGAUGCUCCAAAGCUCAAGUCAUUGCCGGAAGAAGGGUUGCCUAGCUCUCUUUCUGUGCUGAGUAUUUCUGACUGUCCAUUGUUAGAAGCAACUUGGCAGAAGAAGAAAGGAAAAGAGUGGCGUAAGAUAGCUUGCAUUCCGUGCAUACUUAUCAACUACAAAAUGAUCUCAUGAGUAUCUAGGAAGGAACUUUCUUGCUUCAUGAGAUUUCCUCGAAAUCGUGGAAUCUCACCAAUGAAGAGACUUUUACUCAAGUUAAAUAUGAUCUAAAUUCACUGGAAUACUACAUGUCAAGAAGUUGUCCGAGAUUCUCAGCGCUGCAUUGCUGGAGUGUUGAAGUAAUGAAGCGAGAAAGAUUAUUCCUUUGCAUGUUGAAGUUAUUGUGCAAGCUCAACUAUUCUGCAUAAAUAAUUAUGUAGAAAUUGUGGAAAGCUAGGAAUCAUGAAUUCUUCAACCAUUGGAACCUAUGAAAGUUGAGCUGAGCAUUAUCGUUUCUUGCUGUCAAGAAACCAUGCAUUCACACAGUUAAUUAAUUUACACCGUCGGAUUAGUCCUUGAAUUUCACCUUUCUCUUGAAAUCAAAGACUUGUGUGAGAUCCAAUGAUGUUAAUUCACCGACUGUAGGAAUGUGUGGUUACUUGACAGCAUGAAUCCAUAUCUGUGAUAGGUAUAAUUUACUACUUUGUAUUACUGUUAGUGUAUGUUAUGACAGUAACAGCUCUAACAGUUUGUUUUAAUUGUAUCUGGACAUCUCACACCAUGGACUGGACAUCUGGUCGUGACCUGAGUGGCCCGAUAGCGAGUUUUUCAGUAGUAUAUGUUCGUUCAGUUUUAUAAGUGUUUGAGUGUUGAUUUGAGGUUUAUAUUGUUAAAUGAUCAAUCAAGAAAGUUAAGAUCAAUAAGCUGACCAAACUCAAAAAAACUCUUCUUGUGUUUUGGAAAAAUUAAGCAUCGACUAUGUUAGUCUAAAUUAUUUUAUGUCAUGGUUCUAGUAGCACAAACCGAUGUUAGCUGAGGAAUCACGUCAUAUGCGCAACAAUUAACAUGAAGCGAAAU